AUGGAGAUGCUAACUGAGCCACUUCUAAUCCCAAUGCCGCAGACAAGCAUAUUGAGCUCCUCGGUGGGAAUGUCCCUGGCAUUAAAAGAUGAUCUCAGACGACUUGUCAGAAAGAUUGAUCUCAAGGUUUACCAGACCUACCCUGAGCUACUCAAGGCCUUGGAAUUCAUGUUCAAGUGCACUAUUGGGUACAAUGGAUCUGAAUAUGCACCAACAUAUGAAGACAAAGAUAGUGAUUGGAUGCUGGUUGGAGAUGUCCCAUGGGAGAUGUUCAUCACCUCUUGCAAAAGGAUGAGAAUCAUGAGAGCAUCAGAAGCUAAAGGCUUGGGAUGUCUAUAG